AUGCGUCGAAACUGCAUUUUGUUGCUGCUCGUUGCCGUAGUGUCAGCAGUCUGUGGUGCGGUAUCGGCUAUCAGCAGUGAUCAGACGAAGUCAGCCCUAGCUACCGGUAGUGGUGCUGCUCUUGAAGAGAACAACCUAGGCAGAUUACUGCGGAGCCUCGAGAAAGUGGAGGAUGACGUGGCUGACGAAGAGAGGGGCUUCCUCAGCGGGCUCAAGAAGGUGCUCGGCAUAAAGGGGAAGAAUCCCGACUUCGCCAAAAAGAAUCUGAAGAUGGCUCUGAAGGACCAGAAUUCGAGGAACGAGCUAUACAAGAAGUGGGAAGGCUACAGCGUGGGGGAGAUCAAGGCCAACUUGAAACACACAGACAUGUACCACCCGCGCGAGCACACACUGUUUUACGGCUACCUGAACAAGUACAAGAAGGCGGCGGAGACGGUGAAGCAACCGGCGGUGGCGCAAGGUAAGGCAAAGAAAUCCGUCAAGUUCAAGCUGGAUGAAGUCCAAGUACGCAGGUUCGAUGACGAAGGGAAUAAAAUCGACGAAAUAGUGCGUCUAGAUGGCGCUGCGUAA